CCUCCAUACUCGAGAAGUCCAGAUCGAUCCCAAUGGCGUCGUCGACGCUUCGCUGCCUUCCUGGCGACAUCCCGCCGACGACGCUGCUUUCCCUACCAGACGAGAUGCUCGAGGAAAUCCUCCUCUGCCUCUCCGACGCCGCCGACCUCGUCCGCGCCUCCAUGGCCCGCGUCUCCAUCCGCCGCCUCGUCACCAAUCACCGAUUCCUCCGCCGCUUCCGCACUCGCUACCCGCCGUCUCUACUGGGCAUCGUUUCUCCCCAUCCCCGCCGGCCCCGAUGGGACCUGCCGCUGCUGCAACUGGCCCAGCCGCCGCACCCCUCCGCGGCCGCCGCGAGCGCUUUCUCCGGGCUUGACGCCGCCGACUUCUCAUGCGCCUUCCUCCCCAACGCCGCGCGCUGGCGUAGGCGCGACUUGCGGGACGGCCGCGUCCUCCUUUCCGGCGUCCCAGAGGGCACCAAAUACAACUGCCACGUCUUUGUCAGGGAGCUGGCUGUCUGUGACCCCCUGUCCCGGCGCUACAUCCUGCUACCUCCCAUCCCCGACGACCUAGCCGCCUUGGUGCAGCCACCCGACGUGCUGCGUUUCGAGCCCUUCCUUGCUCCUCCAGCAGCCGAGGAUGAGGAGGGCAUGUCUUUCAGAGUUAUUUGCUUGGUGCAGUGCAAAACCAAGCUGCUCCUCAUCAUCUUCUCUUCAGGUUCAGGUGCUGAACAAUGGCGUGCUGUUACAUUUGACAAUUGGAUCAGUCUGCUCACAGGAUCAGGUAACCAGCAAGCAAGUUACCGGCGGUCGCCAAUACGCCACUAUGCAGACGGCUACUUCUGUUGGGUGCUUUUUCGGGCAAGCAAGUUGCUCAUGCUCGACACUCGCAGCAUGAGUUUCUCAGUUGUGGACCUCCCGCAUGGCACCAGUGAAGCACAGGUUGCCAUUCUGGAGGCAGGGAAUGGAAGGAUUAAGAUGUUUUUGAAUGAGCAUUUCACACCUGAACUCAGGUAUUAUGUGUUGCAAAAUGAUGGAGUUGGGGCGAACCAGUGGCUGUCAGAGGCAACGUUCAAUUUACCCGUAAAUAAUGGCGGCUAUAUGUUCAUGGGCGUAGUGGGGGGAUACUUACUCCUACAAGGGAUUGGAGAAGACGAAUAUACAUUCCAUUUGGUUUCGUUGAAUCUGAAGACUUUAGAGCUUGAGUGGUUCCUUGCAUCAAAGCGCAAUAACAAGGGUGCUCAUUUGUUUGCCGGUUUCCCACCAUCCUUGUCUCCACCAACUAUUCGACAUGAUAUCUGAUAUUGAUGCCGCUGGGAGAUGAAACCUUGACGUCUGGAGGUAUAGAGCAGCAACUUGCAGGAUUAUCUACUGGAUGGAAUCAUCAGGCUUUCCUUUUGAGACGGACGCAGGCUUGUUUGCGGUGCUGACUGUUGUGCAGCUCGGUGCUUAUUUUCAGAUAUGUCAUGGGAGAAUAGUUGUGAUAAUCUACCAAAUUUGAUUCACAAAUCAAAUAUUACUAGACAAUUUCUAUUUUCUGGAACCUUUGUUCGUAUCAUUAUAUGCAAAUGUGACCCGAAGCAGAUUAUGACUUGAGGCAGAGUAAUAAUAUAUACAUUUAUACAAA